AUGCCAGAUAUUAUAAAUCCGAACACAAAAUACAUCCAGAAGGUGCUCUCAUCGUUGCCGCUCCCAGUGGCGGAAUCCGGCACCGCUUACCAACUCCCUAACUCGCAGGAGCCGGGCUACUCAGCGGUUUAUCGCAACAGUUAUGUCAAGGACACGCCCUUGUACGAGACCGUCCACCCAGCCCUCAAUACUGUGUACGCAAGUUUUGAAAAUGCCGCCAAGAUUUUCGCUGACAACCCGUGCCUUGGCAGACGUAUCUUCCGGGACAAAACUCAGUCUUUCGAUGACUUCUACUCGUGGUACACAUACGCGGAGGUGCAGAAACGCAAGCGUAACUUGGGCGCUGGGAUCUUGAGCGUGGUCAGAAAUAGUGAGUUUCGUACGACUGCGCACAAGGAAGACGGCUUUGUGGUGUCUAUCUUCAGCUUCAACAAAGUGGAGUGGAGUUUGACCGACUUGGCGUGUUCAGCUUACUCGUUGGCGAAUACCGCGUUGUACGAUACUUUGGGCCCAAAGACCUCCCAGUACAUCUUGGACCUUACCGAGUCUCCGAUUGUGGUUUGUUCCAAGGACAAGAUCGCAAAUUUGCUUGAGUUGAAGAAGAGCUUCGGCUUGAAGUUUUUGAUCAGUAUUGUCUCCAUGGAUGAGUUAUACACUGCUGAGGACCAAGUGUACUACAAGCAGGCCAAAGCGGCCGGGGUUUCCUUGUAUGACAUCCACCAGGUGGAAAAAAUUGGUGCGGAAAGUGGGAUUUCCGAGAAGCCUCCAACUCCAGAUACCACCUACACCAUUUCCUUCACCUCCGGGACCACUGGGAACCCUAAGGGAGUAGUGUUGUCCCACCGCACGGCGAUUUGCGGGGCAACUUUUGGGCUUGCGCACGUGGAUGUCCCUUUCGGCAAGGCGCGCGAGUUGAUCUUUCUCCCGUUGGCACACAUCUACGAGCGCCUGCUCAUUAUCUGUGGGUUCACUAUCGGCUGUGCUGCCGGUUUCCCUCACUCACCGAGCCCGUUGACCCUCUUGGAGGAUAUCAAAGUGUUACAGCCGACGUCUUUGGCCGCCGUCCCACGUGUGUUUACCAAAAUUGAAGCUGCGUUGAAGGACCAGACGAUUCUCGCGGAUGGGUUCAAGGGAACCUUGACCCGCCACAUCGUAGGGAAGCGUCUUGGAUGGAUGAAAAACGGUUUCCACGGAAACCACUUCCUCUACGACCGCUUGUUGACGAACAAGUUAAAGGGGGCUACCGGGUUGGACAGCGCACAAAUGUUUGUUACCGGUUCUGCUCCGAUUUCGGUGGAAACCAUGUCCUUCCUCAAGGCAGCGUUGAAUGUGGGCUUCGUCCAGGGCUACGGUUUGACCGAGAGCUUCGCCGGUAUCUGCAUUUCGGGGGCGUACGAGGCCGAUGUCGGCACGUGCGGUCCGAUUGGGGUGACAUGCGAGAUGCGGCUCCGCGAGGUACCUGAGAUGGGCUACACCGCUAAGGAUGAAGGUGGCCCUCGCGGUGAGUUGUUGUUGAGAGGGCCGCAGAUCUUUGCGGAGUACUUCAAGAACCCGGAAGAGACUGCCAAGUCAUUCGACAAAGACGGCUGGUUUUUGACGGGAGAUGUGGCGAAAUUAGACGCCAAGGGUAGAAUUACCAUCAUUGACAGGGUCAAGAACUUCUUUAAAUUGGCUCAGGGUGAAUACGUCACCCCCGAGAGAAUCGAGAACAAGUACUUAUCUGCGUGUACGCUUUUGAAUCAGUUGUAUGUACACGGUGACUCCUUGGAGACGUACUUGGUGGCUGUGGUCGGUUUUGACCCGGUCAACACCAGCAAGUUCUUGAAGGCCAAUUUCCAGGUGGACAUUCUGGAGACCGACUUGGCGGCGUUGCAGGCGGCGUUGCAGGAUAAGAAGAUCAGAACCAAGUUCUUACAGACGAUGAACGAGUCUGUGAAGGAUGCUGGCUUGGUUGGUUUCGAGAAGAUCCACAACAUCUUCUGUGCGGUCGAGCCGUUGUCCGUCGAGAAGGAGCUCAUCACGCCGACUAUGAAGAUCAAGAGACCGAACGCCAGAAAAUACUUUGCCAAGGAAUUUAAGGCAUUGUACAAGGAGGCCUCGUUGGUCAGAGAUUCCAAGUUGUAG